GACACGCGAUUAAUUACGCGCUUUCCAAUCGAUUAAGUUUCAACUCAUCAGUUGCAAUUGAUUAUAUAUACUCCACAUGGCAGCCGGUUUCAUCCUCAUCACAUCGAUCCAUCCAUCAACACUUACACACCAGCAGUGCAUUGUAGCAGCAAUUCUCUCUAGCUAGCUAGCUAGCCACAGUCCACAGACCUCCGAAAUGGCGCACCACUUCCUCGGCAAGCACCACAAGGCCAGCGCGGCCGAGCCGACAAAGGUCGCCGCCGGCGACUGGCGCAAGGAGGAGAAGCACCACAGGCACAUGGAGCAGCUCGGUCAGCUUGGCGCCGUGGCUGCCGGAGCAUACGCGAUGCACGAGAAGCACAAGGCGAACAAAGACCCGGAGCACGCGCACUCGCACAAGAUCAAGGAAGAGGUCGCCGCCGCCGUCGCCGUCGGCAGCGCCGGCUUUGCCUUCCACGAGCACCACCAGAAGAAAGACGCCAAGAAGCACCGCCGCCACGGACAUCACAAUUAGUUAUAUAUUUCGUCGUGCUAUAUAUAUUUAGAUUCAUGUACCGCACAUAUAUAUAUAGCAGUACAAUAAAUGGGACGCCGAGUAUAUAUUUGGGUAUAUAUGUAUCAUCCUACUGUGUCCUGUACUAGUUACAUAGCGUGCAUUUGUUCGUUACUGUAUUUUUUUUGUACUUAGAUUUGAUCCUUAAUUAUUUAUCCCUGCAUUUGCAGUUUAUCACACGUACAUUUCUUUC